AUGUUCCAAAAUAAUCACUGUGGACAGUUAGUAAUAAAUACUAGUAUGGAUAUAUUUAUCGAAAUAUACGAUUCUACAUGGUACUCUAUUCCGUUAAAAGCGCAAAAGCUAUUAUUGAUGAUUAUGACAAAAAGUUUGCAACAAUAUGAAUUUAAUCUUUCUGGUUUAUUCGUUCCAUGUUACGAAGGCUUUUUGACGAUGAUUAAUGCAGCUUUCUCGUAUUUUACUGUAAUGCAGUCGUUUCAAUAGAAUUCUGUAAAUCUUAUGAGCUU